GCAAUGGAUACGUCGCAGUCCAGUGUUUGAAACAUGAUACACCGUAAUCGUUUUCGCCCUUUCCGUGUAAUUUUCGUGCCAGUGGACGUUACAACAUGAUCCAUCCUUUCUUCGUAAAUUGUCGUUUCUCCGACGAAUCAACGUUUACAAAUCACGUCUCGAUAGAAACCUCGCCACGAUAACACCACAUGGAAGCCACGUGGAGAUCUAUGAUGUCACUGUCUGUAAACAAGGAAAAUCACAGCUGCACCAGUCACAAUUCGUCACAUCACGAUACUACUCACGAUGGCCGUGUGCUCGUACUUUAUACCGGUGGCACAAUUGGGAUGGUUAGAAAUGAAAACAGAGUACUGGUACCAAAGAAGAAUGCCUUCGUGGAAAAGAUACGGAAGUAUCCGCAUAUGCACGACAGUGAAUAUGCGAAAGAACGAUUCGGACCUACAGGACCGUUAGUUCUACCAAUGACCGGGACAGAUAAUAGACGCGUUAUAUACAACGUGUUGGAGUAUUCGCCGCUAUUGGACUCGAGUAAUAUGACGAUGGACAAUUGGAUUCAUAUAGCUAACGAUAUUAAGCAAUUUUACGAACAUUAUGAUGGAUUCGUCGUUUUACAUGGAACGGACACGUUGAGCUACACAGCAUCAGCUCUAUCUUUCAUGCUCGAAUCUCUGGGCAAGAUAGUUAUCUUAACUGGAUCUCAGAUGCCACUUUUCGACACGAGAAGCGACGGCUUGGACAACUUCUUGUCAUCUGUGGUGAUAGCUGCGAAUUACAAUAUACCAGAGGUGUGCGUGUUCUUCGGGACGAAUCUGUUGCGAGGAAAUCGUACCUGCAAAGUAUCGGCCUUCGCGUUCGAGGCUUUCAAUUCGCCGAAUUUUCCACCUCUGGCUCAGGCUAACAUCAAUAUAGAAGUGGAUUACCAGGCGAUAUUUCGUCCGUGCAAUUUGGAGAAAUUUAAUGUGCACGCGACCUUAAACAGAAAUGUUGGACUGCUACGGAUAUUUCCAAGUAUAACCACAGAGCUGGUGAAAACGUUUCUACAGCCCCCGAUCGAAGGUGUCGUAUUAGAGUCUUACGGAUCGGGGAACGUGCCCUCGAACCGGAAAGAUAUAGUUAACGAACUGUCAGCGGCCACGAAACGUGGAAUAAUCAUCGUGAACAUUACGCAAUGCUCGACAGGUUGCGUUACAAAUGCGUACGAAUCUGGAUACAUUCUUGAGAGUUGUGGUAUAAUAUCGGGUUUCGACAUGACACCGGAAGCCGCUCUGACCAAACUAGCCUAUGUAUUAUCGAAGAAAGAUUGGGACCUGAAAACGAAAUGUCAGAUGAUGCAAACGAAUCUCCGCGGUGAAUUAACCGCAGGUCGACCUCCGAAUGUCCAUGAUUUCGAUCUCGUGGACGCAGUCGCGAGAUCUUUGAGACUUUCGUCGACGGCAGAACGCAAAGAAUUAGGCACGAUCCUUUUCCCUGUAAUGUUGAAUGCUGCCGUGAAAAGUCGCGACGUGGUGAAACUCGAAGCUUUAAAAGGAUACGGGGCAGAUAUUUCACAGCAGAAUGAAGAUGGUCGUACAGCUUUACACAUCGCUUGCUGCGAAGGUGAUUUAAAUGUUGUGCGUUGUCUCUUACAAAUGGGCGCGAACGUUCACAUCAAAGAUCGAUUUAACCGGACACCUCUGAUCGACGCGAUAGAGUUCGAUCAUCACGAGAUCAUUAAGCUUCUGAUACAGUGUGGAGCUCAUUUGCACGGAAGCGGUCACGUGAUAUGCGAGAAAAUAUGUAACGCGGCUGCAGCCGGUAACGUGCAACGCUUAGAGUCUUAUUAUUUGGCGAAUGCUGAUUUCUCGGUGAAUGAUUUUUGCGGAAGAACGCCGUUACACUACGCGGUGCUGCACAAUAACCCUCGAGUUAUCAAUUUUUUGAUGGAGCAUAGCACAGACACCAAGAGCCUUGAUUAAACCCU